AUGGUCUUCUUCCAGUUUUUUUCGACCAUGUCAGCACUGUCAGUGGUGCUUGGUGCACUCAGUCCAGCUGUCCAGUCCUACAGCUGGCAUGGCUGGGACCUCUUGAACCGAAUGGCAUGUGCAUCGCUUGGAUUCUACAGUCUCUUCUCUGUGAUGGUCCAUCAGUUGCAAAGGGAGUACCCCGAGGAUGAGCUACCAACAGCCAGCAUCACCAUCAGGGCAUUUAUUCGUGGCGUCCUUCUUCUGCGAGCAGUCUCACGAGCAUUUUGCUUUUUGGCAGCGUGGCUCUACUUGCUCCUGAUCUUGGAUUGCUUGAUUGACUGCAUUUGGUGGCAUGAAGGUUCAGGAACACCAUUGGGUAUUCUGGGCCCUUUAGCCUGGCUUCUGAAUGCCGACGGCCAUGAGCUUUCACAUCCAUUUGCCAAUGAGAAAUCCAUGAUAUUCUGCAUGAAUUUGAUCUCCGUUAUCUCUCAGCAGCGUUUGGUCGAGGUGUUAGCUCGUCGAGAAGUGUUGCUACGAUUAAUUGGUGCCGAACGAGUAAUGGCCUCGACUAUUUGCUUGCUGCUGAAAGGUGUGUCCGUGGCAUGCACUCCUUCUAAAAGCCAAAACCCCAUUGCUGAGUUCCUGGUACGGGUUGCCCCUCCUCCAGCUGCAUGUGUGGCAAUCAUAGCUCUGCGUGAUCAUGCUAUGCCACUUGGAAUUGCUGUGGUGGCCACGCCUCGGAUGACUGUGACGUUUGGCAGUUCUAGUUGCCUUAUCCUCGGACUACUUGGAGGUGCUUAUGCUGCCCACGCAGUGCUGUCUGUGUGGUACCUGCACCGAGCAGACUUGGAUUCUGCCGCACUCCGUUUGGCCAUGCUCGUGCCUGGGGGUGUGUCAAGUCAAGCCAAGGGAUUGCUGAGAGGUGUUCUGGCAGGUGCACACAGACGAGCUGUUCAGAUGAUGGCCAUGGGGAUUUUGCAGAGGGCCUUUCGCUGGCUGACCCAGCGCUGA